AUGGGGCUGCUGGCCCAGCUGGCCCGCGGGCUGGUGCGAGGCGCCGACCGCAUGUCCCCGUUCACCAGCAAGCGCGGCCCCCGGAGCCACAACAAGGGCCGCGGGGCCAAGAAGCUGGGCGUGCUGACCUCCAGCAAGAAGUUCCUCCUCGUCAAGGAGAUGGUGCCGCAGUUCGUCGUCCCCGACCUGGCGGGCUUCAAGCUCAAGCCCUACGUCUCGUACCGCGCCCCCGAGGGCUCCGAGCCGCCGCUGACGGCCAAGCUGCUCUUCAGCGAGGUGGUGGCGCCCCGCAUCGAGAAGGACGUGAAGGAAGGCGCCUUCGACCCCAACGACCUGCAGAAGUACGGCUUCGAGCCCACGCAGGAAGGCAAGCUCUUCCAGCUCUUCCCCAAGAACUACGUGCGCUAGGGAGCCGCUGCCGUGAGCGGUGGUGGGAGAGACUUGGCCUGCGCCCGCAAACCCGGGACUGUUUCUUUCAGUGGGCAUUAAAAGCCGAUCCUUCUGC